AUGCCGGCUCGUCCGAGCCUGUCCCCGCGAUCCUCCGGGGAUUUCGCUGGCGCUCCUCAGCAUCGCCAGGACUUUCUCGACAAUCCGACAGACGAUCCGACGUCCGCUCGUCCGCGCCGCCCACUUCCCCCCGUUCCCCAGGACGAAGACGCAUUAGAUGCAUACGAAGAGAAUUUCAUGAAGAAGCCCCACCGAUGGAGUGCGCUCGGGCAUCUUUCGCGCGGCCAGGAGUUCUGGAAGGAGAAGUACGAGGCUCUUUCCGCGGGGCGUCACAGCCUCGACUCUCGUGAACCCCGGAUGCGACCGACUUCGGCUCAUGCAAGUCCCUCAUACCCGCACAUGGGUUCUCCGGGAAGAAGUCCCGGCCAAUCUCCCACUCGGAGGCCGCAGGAGGGCAGGCCACCGGAGCGGCCGGGUUUCCACAUUACGCUGAUCCGUCGCGAUCCUACGCAUGGCAGUCAGUGGAACGUCGCGACCAUGUCGAUGCCCCGGAUGGAUGGUGGCGCCAUUGACAUUGAGGUAUUUACGCCGGGUUAUAAGCGAUUUGCCGCGCAAAAUGAACCGCUCUCUUUGACCAGCCUUGGGGUGAACCUUCCCGCGGAAGCCCGCAACUCCCUCAAUCUCCCACCGCAGUCCGAGGCUGCCGAGACCACCAGUAACGAACCCGCGCAGCCGCGUCGGUUCCAGCGCAAGCUGUGCGUGUCCCGGCCGCAUGUGCCAGAAGAGUCACGCGGGUCGCUGGACGUUUCCGGAGCUCGGCCCUCCAUCGACAGCCUAGGCAGACCUAGCAGCCAGAGUGGCGGAGGCGUCUCCAAGCUCAAGAGCGGUUAUUACACCUUUACCUCGCCCUGGAACGGCACCUGCACCUUCUCCACCAGUGUCAACGGCCGCAGUCUAAAAUGCAAGCACAUGAUCCCCAUGCCUGGGUUUCCUCCUGCGGGCGGAAGGAAUGGCGCCGUUGAGAAUCCAGCCGUCACUGUCGCCGAAAUCCGCUUCAACACACCCUUCCAGGCCAGCCAUCUUCCUCAUAACCCGGGUCCUUCUCACGUCUCGCCUUUCUAUCUCAGCCAAACCGCCGGUUUCAAAGACCCCGCAGCCGCCUCCGAUGGUCACCCGGACGGCACCUCCGCCUUCCUGCCGCCAGGGUCGAAGCGCAGCUCCCUGGCGUACUUUUUCAACGCGCACGCUCAAGCCUUCACCAACCGUCCUCGCUCGCGUUCCGGCGCCAGCACGCACUCCAACCACAAUAAUAACCACCCACCACCCCCAUCCACGCCGCCCUUCCAUGCGCGCAAACCCUCCCAUAGCAGCGCCAGCAGUGUCGACAUCGACGACCCCUCUGGCGAGUCGCGCCGUCCGCUCCGUCGCCAACUUAGCGAAGACCGACUAGACUUCAGCCUGGCCCGAGAACCAGCCGGCGGAGGAAUGCGCGGCAAGAGCGCAAAACUGGGGAAACUUGUCAUCGAAGACGAAGGCAUCAAGAUGUUGGAUCUCGUCGUCGCUUCUUGCAUGGCGGUUUGGUGGCGGGGAUAUUAUUAUUGA